GCGGGGUCUAAUGAAGACAUAGGGCCAAUCAGCGGCGGCGUUGCGUUUGAGGCUCCACGUCUGCACCAGCUUCGGGGCAAGAUGGAGGCGCUGAUUUUGGAACCCUCACUGUAUACUGUCAAAGCCAUCCUGAUUCUGGACAACGAUGGAGAUCGACUUUUUGCCAAGUACUAUGACGACACCUACCCCAGUGUCAAGGAGCAAAAGGCCUUUGAGAAGAACAUUUUCAACAAGACCCAUCGGACUGACAGUGAGAUCGCCCUUUUAGAAGGCCUAACAGUAGUAUACAAAAGCAGUAUUGAUCUUUAUUUUUACGUGAUUGGCAGCUCCUAUGAAAAUGAGCUGAUGCUCAUGGCUGUUCUGAACUGCCUCUUUGACUCUUUGAGCCAGAUGCUGAGGCUGGUAUUUCUCUUCUCUUGGGGACUCAGGAAAAAUGUGGAAAAGCGAGCUCUGCUGGAGAACAUGGAAGGGCUCUUCUUGGCUGUGGAUGAGAUCGUAGAUGGAGGGGUGAUCCUAGAGAGUGAUCCCCAGCAAGUGGUACACCGAGUGGCAUUAAGGGGUGAAGAUGUUCCCCUUACGGAGCAGACUGUGUCUCAGGUGCUGCAGUCAGCCAAAGAACAGAUCAAGUGGUCACUCCUUCGGUGAAGACCCUCCCAUUCCUGGCUCCUCAUCCCCUCAGAAAAUCCACAUGUCUGCUGUGUCUUCUCAUCCAGUCCCCCAACUGAUGCUCUCAGGGUCAUCUUGGGGAUCACAAGAGAUCCUUAAAUCUCCAUCCUGUCUGUGGUUGCCCCCACCACCCCCUAUAUUCUUACCUGUCCUUCUCACUUUUUCGAAGUUCUGGGAGUAAAGCUCCUGGCAGAUUUGGAUGCAGGGUGGGGGAAGCACCCUCUUCCUUUCUAGACUGGGUUAUGCUCUCAUGCUUUCCUUUCCCCCAUAUUGUCUCCUUAACGUUUGUGCCCUUUGCUGCAGCUGUACUUCAGAUCAAAGCAGGAGAAAGAAUGUGCUGAGUGUUUUUCUCCCCUUGCCUUUAUCCAGGCCUUCAUCCCAACAGCCCAUAUGUCCAGCAAGGGGAGGAGAGAGAGAAUUCUUUUCUAUAGACUAGGGGUUGGGAGAGGUAUAUUCAGUCUCAGCUACAGCCCCACUUGCAGGUUUCAGCAUUUUCUCCCAUUCCUUCUUACUAUCCCAUCCUCUGGCCUUGGAAAAAAGAUUGAGAACAGCUCACAGGUAGGGGAUAAAGUGAAAGAAGCAAUUUAAAUGUUACUGGAUAGGGUUUAUAAAAUUCUGUGUUUCAGUCACAACUGCAUUCUAUUCCCUGAUCUGGCUUAUAGCUUCAGAAACUGCUGUGGUCUGUGGGUGUUCAUUGUGGGAGCGCCCAUCUCUUGGUCCACUCCCUUAACUCUCCACCUUCACUACCUGUGGGGUCUUGGCCUGUCCUGUCCUAUUUGUGCCCUGGAGUAAAGCCAGUCUCUGAACUAAAACUCCACUAGUCUAGGGAAGAAGAGUGUUCAGAACUGGGGAGGGGGUGGAAUUUAUGGCUUAGACCUCUGGGCUGUCAGUCUUCAUCGCUCCCUCAUACAUGUCAUUCCUCUACCUUGGGUCUACAGUCUUGGCUACUCAACCCUGUCUUCCCUCCACGUCAGCCUUACAGCCAGGUAGUUCUGGGCUCUUCCCCUCCCUAGGUCACUGAGAGGGUUGUCUUUCCUCAGAAGACCUUUGGGGUUUGGAUUUCCCCAGGAGGAUGGAGGAUGGAACAUCUACUCUUCGGUCUAAUCUUUCCCCUUGACCCAAAUACUUGCCACAAAAAUCUCUCAAAAAACCUUCCUGAAACUUAAGAAAGAGCCCUACCCCACCCACUAACUGCUAGUUCUCUAAGACUGAAGUGGGGUUGAUAAUGGCAUUAUUUGAAGGGGCAUUUUUGUGUCAAGUGAUGUAUGGAGUCAGGAGAUAGCCACCUUCAUAUACUGCUCUGUGCAAAGAGGAAUAAAACAAAUUUCUUUUUCCAAA